UAGAUAAAUGCGAUCGUUGGAUCGGGGCACGUUGGAGAGAGAAGGGAGUGCUUUGGAUCGGAAUGUGGAAGCCACUAUGUGAUUAUCUGGUGGAAAUGCUGGCACAUCAGGGUCCCUGCACUCGGCAUCCUUCAUGGUAGAAGCGGCGGCUGGGAGUGAGUCAGUGUGAAGAAGCCCAGUGUCUGUCUUGUCUGCUCUGUCCCGAUAGCUCGCAAACAUUCCUCCCCAAAUGUCCCUGUCAUUAGUAUUACUGCUAAUAUCGGCUCUCAACUUCCGCCAUCAUGGAUCGGAAGCCCAAAUCAACAAGAUCCAGCCAUCAAGUAACAAGGAACAAAACGGAGUACAUGAUCAUCAGCAUGAAAAAAUUAUCACAGUAUCAGAGGAUGGAUUUGUGCAGAGUCCACGAUUUCCUCAGAGUUACCCUCGGAAUGUGGUGCUGGUGUGGAGAUUAAUAGCAGCUGAUGAGAAUAUGCAAAUACAGCUGACCUUCGAUGAAAGAUUCGGACUUGAGGAACCAGAGAAUGGACUGUGCAAGUUUGACUUUGUGGAAAUUGAAGAUCCAAGUGAUGGCGCAAUUAUUGGACGAUGGUGUGGCACCAGUGUAGUUCCAGAUAUACAAAUAUCGAAGGCAAAUCAAGUCCGGAUACGAUUCCGAUCUGAUGAGUAUCUGCCAUCAAAACCGGGCUUCUGUAUUUACUACUCCCUUCUGGAACCUGCCCAUUUUGAAAGCCCAACAGCCAUGCCACCAUCUCCUCUAUCUUUGGAUGGCUUAAAUGAGGCCCUCUCAAGCUUUGAUACAAUAGAAGAGCUGAUCAAGUACUUAGAACCAGAGAGGUGGCAAGUGGAUUUGGAUGACUUGUACAAACCAACCUGGCAGAUGCUCGGAAAGGCUUUUGUUCAUGGUAGAAAAUCUAGAGUGGAUCUGAACUUGCUGAAAGAAGAGGUAAAGCUGUACAGCUGCACGCCACGCAACAUAUCAGUAUCUCUGCGAGAGGAACUCAAACGGACAGACACCAUCUACUGGCCUGGCUGUCUACUGGUAAAACGUUGUGGAGGGAACUGUGCCUGCUGCUCUCUUGGCUGUCAAGAUUGUCAAUGUGUCCCCAUCAAAGUGUCAAAAAAAUACCACGAGGUUCUUCAGUUGCGAUAUAGGAGCCCUGGGAAACCAUUGCAGAAAUCUCUGGCAGACGUGGGAUUGGAGCACCACGAAGAAUGUGACUGUGUGUGUAAAGGAAAAACAGGAGGUUAAGCUAGUUGCCCUUUUACCUUUCAGAGACUUAAACCAUUGAGCAAUGGGGCCUGUGUGCAUUAUCUUACUCAGAAAUCACAGUCAUCUCAGUUUUCAACUUUCCACUUUCUAGCUUUUUGGUGGAUUUGGGGCAAGACACAUCGGCUCUCCUGCCUAUAGAUGAACCUGCAACGUAUCAUACAGGGGAAGAGUUCUAUACCCAAUGAAGUUUGGAUUUCUAGAUGACAACAAAGAAAAUAGCUCUUGCAUUGCACUCUGGUUCCCUUUCUCUCUUUCACUUGUGGAAGGAUAUCAAUGUUAUUUAGUUCACUGUUCCAGUUCUGAACCAAGUAAAAUUUCAGAAAAUAGUUUAAGAAAAAAGACUGGAGUCGAUUACUGUUUACAUCACAUACUUUGUGGGUUACAGUAUUCCUAGCCAUGUUGCUGAAAACUUCCAAGAAAAUUUGUUUGUUUUGUACCACUUCAUCCUCGUGUGACAUCAUUUCCUGUGUGCAUUAAACAUUAUUUUCUUCCAUGCACCAUUUUUAAAGAGAAAUCUGCAUGUCUGUCUACAAUCACAGCUACAAUAUUCUAGCAAAUGUCUCCCAAUGAACAAUAUAUUGGAGAAAUACAGAAUUUGAGGAGAGUAAGGACUUAUUUUUACAGACUUUCCUGAGGGCAUUGCCUGAAUGUGUGUACAUUUUUUUCAAAAUCUUCUCAUUUAGGCUAAAAUGACUAAAGCUUUUUUAUAUUACAUUAAAUGUAUCUAUUUUGUACCAAACUUAUUUAAGAAUUUAGCUCUUUGCAUUGUCCGAGAUUUCUCAUGAUUCACAACAUUUUACAAAAAAGGGAAAUGGGUAGGUGUGAUCAAAAGCACAGCCAUAUCAUUGCACUGUCAGUGUUGGUGCUCUGUGCAAUGUAUAUAUCUUUUUGUACAGUACCACUAUUCCAAAGAUCGUACUAAUCAGGAUUUCUACCCAAUUGUCUAACUUGCUCAUAAAACAGUUGUAUCUGUAUCUUAGUUUAACUUGAUCUCGUCUCUUUUUUCAUUAAAAUGUCAUAAAA